GUUUGGAUCAAAAGGGUUCCCAGACUGUGGUGCUGUUGAAAAGGAAGGUGUUAGAUACCCUGGAGAGCUUGCUUUGCCUUUCGGGACAGGCAGGUCGUGACAAUGCUACUCUGGAAAGCUGCUAGACUUCUGUGCCAGCUUUCUCUGGGUACCUUUAAAACCAGGAAGGAGUCUUAUGGAUUGGAUUCGGCUUACUAAAAGUGGGAAGGAUUUGACUGGUUUGAAAGGGAGGCUGAUUGAAGUGACUGAAGAUGAGCUCUCUAAACACAACAAAAAGGAGGACUGCUGGAUAUGUAUAAGAGGAUUUGUAUAUAAUGUCACACCGUACAUGGAAUACCACCCAGGUGGUGAGGAUGAACUAAUGAAAGCAGCAGGAACUGAUGGUACAGAUCUCUUUGAUCAGGUUCAUCGUUGGGUCAAUUAUGAAUCAAUGUUGAAGGAAUGUCUUGUUGGGAGAAUGGCUGUCAAGCCUAUUGCUGCUCCAAAAGAGGUUUCUUCUGUGUCUGAAGACAAGAAACAGCUUAAUGGUGUGCUUCUUGAGAAGAAAGUACAGGCUGCUUCUGCUAAAGAUUUAAGUCCAAGUUAUGACUGGUUCCAAACAGAUAGUUUGAUCACAAUUGUCAUAUAUACUAAGCAGAAGGACAUGAAUGCAGAGUUGGUGAUAGUUGACUGUCAAGACAAGCAAUUAAGGGGAGAGAUCAUCAUGGAUGACCACUCAUAUCUAGUAGAAGUUGGCUUGGAUCAUGAAGUUUCAGAAGAUGUGGCUGUAAAUAUUGCUGAAAAAGUAGGGAAAGUAGAGAUUAUCUUAAAUAAAAAGGAUAACAUUCAUUGGAAAAUGCUGGGACAGCCCUGGGAGGGUCACAAUACAUUUAUCAAACGCACAGACAGAGGACUGUUCUACAGAAAAUGCAAGUUGGUUUCUAAGACAGAAGUUACUCAUGACACCAAACUCUUCUGCCUAAUGUUGCCUAAGGGCACACAUCUCCGUGUUCCCACUGGACAACAUGUUUACCUCAAACAAAUUAUUGCAGGGACAGAGGUAGUAAAACCGUACACACCUGUGUUGCCUUUUUUGCCACUGGAUUUCCAAGAACCACCUCGCCAUGAUGGUGUGCAUAUAUAUUUAAUGAUUAAAAUUUAUUCCCAUGGUCUGUUCACACAGGCACUUGACCACCUACAAAUUGGAGACUGUAUUUCUGUCAGCAAUCCUGAAGGCAACUUCAAGAAGUCACAAGUUCAAGCUUCAGAAGAUCUCCUUUUAUUGGCAGGAGGCACAGGUUUCACGCCAAUGGUCAAGCUGCUGAAUUUUGCUCUGACUGAAGUUAGCUGUCUCAGGACAGUAAAGCUCAUCUUCUUCAACAAAACUGAGGAUGACAUACUCUGGAGAAACCAACUAGAGCAAUUAGCUCUUAAAGAUGAAAGGUUUGAGGUUCAAUUCAUUCUUUCAGAACCAUCAAAAGAGUGGGUAGGUAAACAGGGAAAAAUUUCUUCAUCUCUUCUCUCUGAGUUUGUGAAAAGAAAGAGAAGAGACUCCAAAGUGCUUAUCUGCAUCUGUGGUCCAGCACCUUUUACAGAACAAGGAGUACAAUAUCUGAAGGAUCUUGGAUACUCCCAAGAAGAGAUACACGCUUUUACUGCAUAAACACAUAGGAGGAUAUAAAUGUUUAUUUGUAUAAUUCAGUGUUAUUUAUUUAUCUUCAUGAAUUUAAAUAAGUGAGAAACAAUUUUGUAAGACUUGAAAUUUCACUCUUGGUACCAAAUUGUUUCUUGGAAGAAGCAUUUCUUUGAAAAAAAGGUUUUAUACUGUGUUUUAUCUUCUUUUUGUAAAUAUUUUUGCUAAUAUUUAAGUCAUCCAGGGUAUUAAUUUAUUGUAGAGGCAAGCAAAAAAAUGUAGUAUACAUUAUGUCAGGUGUUUCAUAUUGUUGGUUCACAAGAAUUCUUAAAUUUACAAAAAGCUCUGAUUAAGGUUUUGACUUGAUAAAGCUUAUUAUUUCUUACUGUAAAAAGUCCAAAGAGCAAUACUGUCUGAAAUUAAAUAUUGCACUGUAACUCAGGUAAUCGGUCAUUGAAAAAUUUUCCUUUUCAUCUGUCUCCAUUUGACUUGCAAGUGAUCCAGAUACAUUUUUGGCUUUGUAAACAAAGAAGAAAAGUACCUUUGGUAAAACACAAAAUUUACAUCAAAUAAAAAAAAACCAUUUACAUAUUUACAUGUA